AUGAAGAAGCAAAGCAGCUUCGCUAUUACUGCUCUUCUUCUCAUUCUCCUUAACUCAUCUGUCUCUGCUCAGCUUCGGGCAAACUUUUACCGGAACUCAUGUCCUAACGUCGAAACUGUUGUCCGCAACGCCGUCCGCCAAAAAUUCCAACAGACGUUUGUAACAGCACCAGCCACCCUCCGCCUUUUCUUUCAUGAUUGCUUCGUCCGUGGAUGUGAUGCUUCGAUAUUGCUGGCAUCGCCGUCAGAGAAGAAUCACCCUGAUGAUGUGUCACUCGCCGGAGAUGGAUUCGACACAGUUGUGAAGGCGAAGCAGGCCGUUGAUAGGGAUCCUAACUGCCGUAACAAAGUCUCAUGCGCUGACAUUUUGGCUCUCGCCACUCGUGACGUCGUCGUUCUGACCGGAGGGCCAAACUAUCCGGUAGAGCUAGGAAGGAGAGACGGAAGACUAUCGACAGUGGCUAGCGUCCAACACAGUCUACCUCAACCUGGUUUCAAUUUGAACCAACUUAACACUAUGUUCGCUCGUCACGGUCUAUCCCAAACUGAUAUGAUCGCACUCUCAGGAGCGCAUACUAUCGGAUUCGCACAUUGUGGAAAGUUUUCAAAAAGAAUAUACAACUUUAGUCCGAAACGAACGAUCGAUCCGACAUUAAACAUUCGUUACGCGUUACAAUUGAGACAAAUGUGCCCCAUCGAAAUCGACCCGAGGAUCGCGAUUAACAUGGAUCCUACUUCUCCAAAUACAUUUGACAAUGCCUACUUCAAAAACCUCCAAAAGGGGAUGGGUUUGUUCUCGUCCGAUCAAGUUUUGUUCUCGGAUCAACGGUCUAGAUCAACUGUUAACUCAUUUGCUUCUAGUGAAGUAGCUUUUAGACAGGCUUUUGUUUCGGCUAUAACGAAGUUGGGUCGGGUUGGAGUUAAAACCGGUAACGCCGGUGAGAUAAGACGUGAUUGUUCACGUGUCAAUUAGUGAUUUUGUUGUUUGUCUUAUUUUACGUCUUAAGCGUUUGUGUUUUAUUUUAAAAUUUUCAGUGUUUAUGAUUCAAAUAUUGACAAGGGUUCCCACAA